CUGCGCUUGCGCUUCCAUCUGUGGUCCAGGAUGGGCUGGCUCCGGGUCCGGGUCUCCAGGCUGGCAAUGUAGGUGGCGGCGGGCCAUGUUAGGUUGGAUCAAAGCCCGCAGAGUCGGGGUGCCGAGCAGGAGUGGCUGACAGUGAGCAGCGGUGCAGGCUGCAAGACUCGAUUUGGUUGAGUGGCGAGUCUGCAGGUGCAGGUGUGCAUCAUCCUGGACGUGCCGUACAGCCCCGUGGUGUGAUGAGUCAUGCGGGGCCAGCGGAGCCUGCUGCUGGGCCCUGCCCGCCUCUGCCUACGCCUACUUCUGCUCCUGGGCUACCGGCGCCGCUGUCCCCCUCUGCUUCGGGGCCUGGUGCAGCGUUGGCGCUACGGCAAGGUCUGCCUACGCUCCCUGCUCUACAACUCCUUUGGGGGCAGUGACACUGCUGUCGAUGCUGCCUUUGAGCCCAUCUACUGGCUGGUGGACAACGUGAUCCGCUGGUGUGGGGUGGUGUUUGUGGUGCUGGUGAUUGUGCUGACCAGCUCCAUCGUGGCCAUUGCCUACUUGUGUGUCCUGCCCCUCAUCCUCCAAACGUAUUCAGUGCCACGGCUCUGCUGGCACUUCUUCUACAGUCACUGGAAUCUGAUCCUCAUUGUCUUCCAUUACUACCAGGCCAUCACCACUCCACCAGGCUACCCACCGCAGGGCAGGAAUGAUAUUGCAACAGUUUCUAUCUGCAAGAAGUGCAUUUACCCCAAACCAGCCAGGACACACCACUGCAGUAUCUGCAAUAGGUGUGUGCUGAAGAUGGAUCAUCACUGCCCCUGGCUAAACAACUGUGUGGGCCACUAUAACCAUCGGUACUUCUUCUCUUUCUGCUUUUUCAUGACUUUGGGCUGUGUCUACUGCAGCUAUGGCAGUUGGGACCUUUUCCGGGAUGCUUAUGCUGCCAUUGAGAAAAUGAAACAGCUCGACAAGAACAAACUACAAGCUGUUACCAACCAGACUUAUCACCAGACUCCUCCACCCACCUUCUCCUUCAGAGAAAGGGUGACUCACAAGAGUCUUGUCUACCUCUGGUUCCUGUGCAGUUCAGUAGCACUUGCUUUGGGUGCCCUGACUGUGUGGCAUGCUGUUCUCAUCAGUCGAGGUGAGACUAGUAUUGAAAGGCACAUCAACAGGAAGGAGAGACGUCGGCUGCAGGCCAAAGGCAGAGUUUUUAAGAAUCAUUACAACUAUGGCUGCUUGGACAACUGGAAGGUUUUCCUGGGUGUAGACACAGGAAGGCAUUGGCUUACCCGGGUGCUUUUACCUUCCAGUCACCUGCCCCACGGGAAUGGAAUGAGCUGGGAUCCUCCUCCGUGGGUGACUGCUCACUCGGCCUCUGUGAUGGCAGUGUGAGCUGGACUGUGUCAGCCGUAACUUGAGCAUCACUUGGCUUCCUGCAUUGUCUCAAGGACCUCCCAGGGUAGCUUCUUGAGCAAAGUGCCAGUGGGCUUGCCUUAGGGUACCAUGCAGGGAGACUCAGGAUGAGUCUCUUGGACACAAAAGGAGUAAGGCACAAUGUGAAAAAAUUUUAGAACUGGCAUCCCAUUUACUCAGGCAAACAGAAGUUCCAGCCCAGGCUGGAGACUAGGCAGCUAGCAAUCUUGCCGGGUGCUGACCCCAACCUCCUCCAGGUUGCAGCACUGGGGUUGGCUACCUCUUCUACUUGCUGUCUGAGAAGACACUUGAAUGGUACAGCGGAGAUCCUGACUGCGCAAUGGGGCAAAGAUACCAGGCCUAUUGCUGAGGUCACUGCCACUUCUCAUGUGCUGCUGAAGGGAAGCAAGAAUAAAGGUAUUUGAUUUUUAAGAAA